AAUUUGCUCACUGAAAGGAAAUUCAGUCACAAGUUUUAGUUGCUGCGAUCUUUCAUUAUGGAGCUCCCGUAUCUCUGGAGCGAGAAAAUGGAUAUUCCUCCUGUGUCAGCACGUGCUCAAUCUGCAGGAUCACCAAGUCCAUUCAUGAAAAAUAUCAAAGCUAUUGCGGCGGUAACUACACUGAUGAGUCUUGGUGUACUUGGAGCAGCAGCAGCUCUGUAUUUUUCAGCUUCCUGUUAAAGAUAAGUAAUGAGUAACGACAAAUCCAAAAAAUCCAAAAAAGAUAAACCCCCAAAGUCGUCGAAAAACGCCGAAAAAUACGAAAUUAAAUCGGAGAAAAAAGAAAAGUCAAAAGAAAAAUCUUCGAAAGAAAAAUCCACAAAGAAAAAACCUUCGAAUAACAAAUCCAAACAACGUAAAAACAAAGACGCUGAUGAUGAUGAUAUUUCCGAAAAUUCAGACAAAAACAGCUCCAAUGGUUCACCUCUACCAGACAUUAAAGUUUUUAUUGCAAUCGUUGUAGGAAUAAACUCCGUUAUAUUGAUAAUAGCAGUUUCUCUUUUAGCGAUGUGGGCUACGACUUCUUGUGAGCCAGGAACAACCACUCAAACCGGAGGUAUUGACCAACAAAAUCUUGGUCCUGGUGGUAGCUCAGGAUCAUUUACUGGUGGUUCGCCGUCUCCUGUAGGUGGUUUUCCAUCUCCUGGAGGUGGUUUUCCAUCUCCUGGAGGUGGUUUUCCAUCUCCCGGAAGUGGUUUUCCAUCUCCUGGAGGUGGUUACAGACCUCCCAGUGGCAUAGGAGAUUCUUCCGGUUCACAAACUCCUGGUGUUGGUGGCACUAAUACAGACGGAUCUGGUGGAUCGUAUCCUGGUUCAUCGCCGUCAGGAUCAUCACAAGAAAGUUUUGGAGGGUCGUCUGGUUCACAAAUUCCUGAUUCAGGAGGAGAAUCACAUGUCAGUGGUGGAGAACCAUCUUCAAAUCUCCCACCACCAACACCUGUCAGUGGUGGGGAAUCAUCUUCACGGCCCCCACAACCAACACUCCCUCCUCCCACCGCAUCACAAAUCGUUCUGUCGGAAUUCGACCAAAUAGAUAAUCCAAACUUUGAAUGCGGCGUGCCGACAAUAGAACCUGAUUUACAAAAGGGCAGAAUCGUCGGAGGAGCAGAAGCUGUUCCAUACUCGUGGCCAUACACACUAGGCCUCGCAGUUGUACAACUGCUAGGAGCCGGAAAAAUAAAUAUAAAGCAGAUGUGUGGAGCUACCCUCAUCAGCCCACGACACGCGCUGACUGCUGCUCAUUGUUUCCGAGCGGAUCAGGAGGGAAGACAGUCUUACACCGUAAUAGCUUCAAUGCACAAUUCGGAAGUACUCAAAAACAUCGUUCCACGGGCGGUUGUAGGCAUUCAUUUUCAUCCAGAAUCCACUGGUAUGGACGCUUCCAUACCAUUUGUCAGAUAUGACUUUGCUGUACUAACUCUCUCCAAAGAUGUUGUACCAAACGACAAUAUUAAAUUCGCAUGCUUGCCCGCAGUCAAAGCCAUGCCACCAGAAGGUACUGUGUGCUGGGCUGUCGGAUGGGGUAAAACCAUGGACACAGGAGCUGAUGGUUUAUUGAAGCAAGUUACAGCCGACAUAGUAUCAGAAGGAAGAUGCAAGAGGGAGUUUAGUCCUGAAAUAUUUUUGGAUUCUACGUUUUGUGCAGGAACGACACGAGGCCAGGACACAUGUCAGGGCGACAGCGGAGGCCCAUUAUAUUGCAAAGAAGACGGCAAGUGGAUUUUAUACGGAGUCACGAGUUACGGAGUAGCAGAAUGCGGAGAGGGGCCGAUGGCCGGGUAUGGCACAGUGUCUCACAACUUAAGUUGGAUUUGCUGCUUUAUGCCCUCCAUACCAGGAUGUUCCGGAAUAAAAUGUGCGAGCAAUUCAGAAGCCUAAUUAAACGUAGACGUUUUAUGCUCACUUUUCAAUAUGCUACCAUAAACAAAACAAUGUUUCAUAUACUCUUUUGUAAUUAAGAUGUUGCAUUUGUCCUUGAAAACAUAUUUGUCAAUUUAUUAAAUGCAUAUUCAAAGCCUG